AGCAACGGGGCAGGCAAAGACGGGCUUCAGAUCCAUUAUUCCAAACGUGGACGUAUUAAUACUAUCGUUGUUGUGUUAGCCCCAUCUCAUCCACAUAUAGAAAUCUCGUGUUAGAUCGGCUCUGUUGUACUACAGCACCACAUAUACACUGCAUAUAUAUAUGUGUGUGUGAUUAGACAUCAAAGAAAGCCGAAAUCAUGCUGAAGCGGCACGGCACGCGACUGGACAUCGGCACGGCCGAAGACGUAGAGGAGCUCAACGCAGCAGAGGCCCUUUUGCGUGCUUCGUACAAGCCCACGUCCAUGAGUACCGGCGGUAGUAGCACCGACUUCGCCGGCUUUAACCCACGCAGCGCGGCGCCGUAUUACAUGCCCGGUGCAACGGUGCGAUCCGCAGCAGCCGGGAUAAGCGGUGGUGGCAGUGGUGGCGGAGGGGGGUACUACUCCACAACAGGCGUAUAUGGCGGUGUUGCCCAAGGCGGUAACGGCGCUACGAACUACACAGCAGAGGCCACCGCUGCUGUGGCUGCUGCUGCGCUGCCCCCACCGCACGUGUACCUCGGCCACUCCGCCGGCGGUGCAGAUGGCAGGGACACGCGCAGCCCCUCCGGCCGGGCCAGUGCGGGCACCAUCGUCACCGGGUACGCCUCCUCGUCUGGUCGUACCCCAGUUGGAGAAGCGAUGACGACCUCCGCUCCUGCCGGUGUGCGCGGGACGGCGCCGCCGCCCUCUCGUAGUGGCGGCGGCGGCGGCGAGUCGGGGGGAGACGAGGAGGAAGUAGUACCUCGCGGUCGGCCAUCGAUGCGGCGCGCCCCAUUUGCGAUCCCUGUCCCCGCAGCCGCAUCGAUGCAGCUGCCGUACGCACCGACGUCGGUGCCGUCACGCCGCGGCGGUCCCUCGACUCCCCCGCUGCCACCACCACCCCGCUACGGUGGUGAGGACAACGAAGAAGAAGUGGUGGAUGAGGAAGAGGCACCAGCGAGACCCAGUCGCGUAUCGGGUCGGUAUUAG